CUGAUUGUGUUGAUAAGGGAUUUGUUUAUAAUAGAUGUUUUAUCACUAUCGUGUUUAGUAUUAUACAAAUCGAAAUUAAUAUUUGGCUAAAAAUGACUAAAUUAAUUUUAUUUGUACUCUGUGUUAUAUCUGUGGCUUGCAGCUAUGUGGCUGCAAAAGAUAAGGUAGUCGUAUGUUACUAUGGAACGUGGGCGACAUACAGAAACGGUAACGGAAAAUUUGAUGUUGAAAAUAUCAAUACCGACCUGUGCACACAUUUGGUUUAUACCUUCAUUGGAAUAACUGAACAAGGGUAUGCAAAGUCUUUGGACCCCUGGCUCGAUCUAGAAGACAAUUGGGGAAGAGGUAACUUCAAAAAAUUCAAUGCUCUAAAACAGUACAAGCCAAACCUUAAAACGUUGCUAGCUGUAGGAGGAUGGAAUGAAGGAUCAGCUAAGUAUUCAGUGAUGGCAGCAAGUCCAGCACUACGACAGAACUUCAUUAAAAGCACCCUUGAAAUGGUUCGGACACACGGCUUUGAUGGAUUAGACUUAGAUUGGGAAUAUCCCAAUCGUCGUGAUUCCGUCCAUGGGAAGGCUGAUAUUGAUAACUUCACUCAGCUGACGAAGGAACUUCGGGCAGAGUUUGACAAAUAUGGUCUGCUUUUGACUGCUGCGGUUUCCGCUGUGGGAAGUGUGGCAGUUUUGUCUUAUGAUAUACCAGCUUUUACACAGUACGUUGAUCUUGUAAACUUAAUGACAUACGACAUGUAUGGUGCAUGGGACUCAGUGACCGGACAUAACGCUCCCCUGCACAAGGGCCAAGGGGACGAAAACGUUCCCAAGGAGAAUGUCUUCACAGUUGACGUGGCUUUGGAGUAUUGGCUUCAACAAGGAUGCCCUCCAGAAAAGUUGGUGCUAGGGUUACCAUUGUACGGUCGCACGUUUCAACUGGCGAAUGUUAACAACAACGGAGUUCGUGCGCCAGCAAGUGGUGCUGGGAUCGCAGGCCCGUGGACUGCCACCAAUGGUCUCAUUGGAUAUAACGAGUUUUGCCAGAAACUCAAAACGGAAGCUUGGGAUUUACGUUACGAUAGCUUAGCAAAAGUCCCAUACGCCGUCCAAGACCGAAACUGGGUUUCUUACGACGACCCGAGCUCUCUAGCCAUCAAAAUCGAACAUGCUCUACAAUAUAACAUAGCUGGAGCCAUGAUAUGGAGUAUAGAGACUGAUGAUUUCCGUGGUCUUUGCGCUGGAGACUUUCCUAUGCUCAGAGCUAUCAACGAAGCACUGGGAAAGUAUUCUGGACAACAGCAAACUACUACUACUACCAGUUCCAGUGCAUUAACUACUACUACUACUUCAACGACUACUCCUUCUCAACCUUCACAAACUUCAACUACUACUUCUCAGCCUUCACAAACUUCAACUACUACUUCUCAGCCUUCACAAACUUCAACUACUACUUCUCAGCCUUCACAAACUUCAACUACUACCUUAGCACCUACGUUAGCUCCAUCCACCUCGGCACCAUCAUCAUCAGUUUGCAAAACUGAAGGUUUCAACAUUAAUCCCGAGGAUUGCCACAGUUUCUACGUAUGCACUCACGGUGGAUCCGGAAAGUUAGUGCCACACUUAUUCUAUUGCCCGGGAAAUCUUCAUUGGGAUCCACAAUUUACAGUAUGUAACUACUCUGACCAAGCAAAUUGUAAAAACUGAUGAUUUUCAAAUUAAAACUAUGGACUGGACAUACUUAUAACACGCCACUCAAGCUGGACACCUCAAGAUCACAGAAUUCAGAAUACGUAUAGAAGUAAUAGAACAGAGUAAGCUUGUCGUCUCAUAGAAGAGUAGGAAACAUCAAUGCGCAUUUUUGUUAAAAGUAAAUAUUAUUAUAUUCUCAUAGCGUUUCAAUUUAAUCUACGUUGCUAUGCAUGCUAGUUAUGUAUAUUCGUAAAGAUUCGGUGUUAGGUGGAAUGCACACCGACGGAGUGGAGUGGCGGCGAAGUGAAGCUACUGUGUUGGUAACAACUUGAACGAAGCUUUAACAAUAAUUUUUCGCUAUAACAAUUUCUCUAUUUGUAUGAAAUUGUUAUAACACAACACAUAUCUUUUCUAUUACUAAUUUUGAAUUCUGUUCCGUCGCGUUGUAUGUUUUCAGUACUUUUUUGCUAAAACCAAUAUUAGGCACAUGAUUUCAAUCAAAAAGCAUCGAAACGUGUUGGGCUGAGUGGCGUGUUACUAGUACGUUUCCUGUCUUAUAAUCAUUAA